AUGACCCAGACCCUCAAAUUCGCAUCCAGAGUGUUCCAUCGCGUCCGCUGUCCUGAGCUGGGUGCCUCACUGGGCUCCAGAGGCUCCGACUCAGCGCCCCGGGUUUUGGAGGACCUCCCAGGCCCCUCCACGCCCGGUUUCCUUGCGGAGCUUUUCUGCAAAGGGGGGCUGUCACGGCUACACGAGCUGCAGGUGCGGGGCGCCGCGCGCUUCGGGCCGGUGUGGUCGGCCAGCUUCGGGACGGUGCGCACCGUGUACCUGGCGGCCCCUACGCUCGUCGAGCAGCUGCUACGACAGGAGGGACCCCGGCCCGAGCGCUGCAGCUUCUCACCCUGGGCGGAGCACCGCCGCCGCCGCCAGCGGGCUUGCGGACUGCUGACCGCGGAAGGGGAAGAAUGGCAGAGGCUUCGCAGCCUCCUGGCCCCGCUGCUCCUCCGGCCUCAAGCGGCCGCCCGCUAUGCCGGGACCCUACACGGCGUGGUCCGUGACCUUGUGCGGCGACUGCGGCGCCAGCGAGGACUGGGCGCUGGGCCGCCCGCCCUGGUUCGAGACGUGGCGGGAGAGUUUUACAAGUUUGGACUGGAAGGCAUUGCGGCUGUGCUGCUGGGCUCCCGCCUCGGCUGCCUGGAGGCGGAGGUGCCCCCAGACACAGAGACCUUCAUCCGCGCGGUCGGCUCGGUGUUCGUGUCCACGCUGUUGACCAUGGCGAUGCCCAGCUGGCUGCGCCGCGUCGUGCCCGGACCCUGGGACCGCCUCUGCCGAGACUGGGACCAGAUGUUUGCAUUCGCCCAGCAGCACGUGGAGCAGCGAGAGGCCGAGGUGGCCAUGAGGAGCCAGCUUGGGAACUCUGAGGAGGACGCGGGACCUGGGGCACACCUGACCUACUUCUUGCUCCGGAAAGAGCUGCCUGCCGCGUCCAUCCUGGGCAAUGUGACGGAGCUGCUCCUUGCUGGGGUGGACACGGUGUCCAACACGCUCUCCUGGGCUCUGUAUGAACUCUCCCGGCACCCCGAAAUCCAGACAGCACUCCAUGCUGAGAUCUCAGCUGCCUUGGGCCCCGGCUCCAGUACCCAACCCUCGGCCACUGCUCUGUCCCAGCUGCCCCUGCUGAAGGCCGUGGUCAAGGAAGUGCUGAGACUGUACCCUGUGGUACCUGGAAAUUCCCGUGUCCCAGACAGAGACGUCUGUGUGGGUGAAUAUAUCAUCCCCAAAAAUACGCUGGUCACUCUGUGUCACUAUGCCACUUCAAGGGACCCGGUCCAGUUCCCAGAACCAAAUUCUUUUCGUCCAGCUCGCUGGCUAGGGGAAGGUCCAGCUCCCCACCCAUUUGCAUCUCUCCCCUUUGGCUUUGGCAAGCGCAGCUGCAUGGGGAGACGCCUGGCAGAGCUUGAGCUGCAAAUGGCCUUGGUCCAGAUCUUGAUCCACUUUGAGGUGCAACCUGAGCCAGGUUCUGCCCCCGUCAGACCAAUGACCCGGACUGUCCUGGUACCUGAGAGAAGCAUCAACCUACAGUUUUUGGACAGACAGUCUGGUGGAAACAGGCUGUUAUCAUCACCGUGUCUCUCAUCAUAG